AUGUCGUCGCGACUUCCGGACAGAUCGAGCAUGAAACGAAGCCGCUCCCGCUCUCCGUCAUCCUGGCGACAACCCCAGAAAGUCCCGCGCAAAUACGAUGAAGGCGACCGACGGCGAGAAUGGGACAAUCGACCAUCGCAGGGUCAACCGCGGAACAUGAAAGACCAGCUGCGAUUGAACCAGCUACAAGAGGACGAGCAGGUACGGGAGUGGGUGGCGCAAGAGGACAUCUUCGUUCUCAAACAGGCCAAGAAGAAGGCAGAGAUUCGCGUCAAGGAAGGUCGUGCGAAACCUAUAGACUGGCUCGCAGUGACCCUGCGAGUGAUUGAUCCGACGAGGGACCCGCUGGACGAUGAAAUUGCAGACUCGGAGCUUGAUCUGGUGGAUCCAGAUGGGGUGUUUGAAGGAUUGUCGCAGGGGCAACUGGGUGACCUAGAGAAGGAUAUUGAUAUUUUUUUACAUCUGGAGAACAACUCUCAGAACAGGGAAUUCUGGAAAACUAUGAAGAUUAUAUGUCGAGAUCGCCAAAAGACGACCGCCCCUCAAGAACGUGCCCUCAACUCUGUCGCCGCUGAUAUUAACCGACUCCUCAGUCCGAAAUCAUACGAACAACUUCUGACGUUGGAGGUGCAGGUCAAGAAGAAGCUGGACUCCAACGAACCUAUCGAUACUGAUUACUGGGAAGAACUACUCCGCAGUCUGGGAGUAUGGAAGGCUCGGGCGAAACUGAAAAAGGUCUACCAGGCUGUCAUCGAAGAACGUGUUCGGGGAUUACGCCAACAACAAGCGGAAGAAGCUGAAUCGGUCCGCGCCAAGCUUGCUCCUCUUGCGCCAGUAAUCGAAACGGGCUUGGAUGAGAAGGCAGCUGAAAUUGUUGAUGAGGAUGAAUUCCAAGGACUGGAUCCUGAUUCCCUGCUACAAAUCCGUCCUGAGGAUAAGGUUUUUGAGAUAGUCGAUGAGAGUGCCUUUUUGAACCAAAUGGCUCGCGAGCGUCAAAAGAUCAUGAAAAUGGGCUUCGUUCCUCUUCGCCAGCGACAGGCAGAGAAGCCAUAUACAGCUGCGCCGGUCAACCAGACAUCUAAUGCGCCAGUCACGGGCGCAAUUUCUCGUUUCUCCGCGAUUCCGAAUGAGGACUUCUCGCAAGCGACUAAGGCACUUUACGAGAGGGAACUUGCCAAGGGUGUUAGCGAGAACGAAGAGAUCUUUACCGGCGAAGAGGCUGUCAGCACCAACACACGUCCGCAAUGGGCCAGCAAAUACCGACCGCGCAAACCACGAUACUUCAACCGGGUCCAGAUGGGCUAUGAAUGGAACAAAUACAACCAAACGCAUUACGACCACGAUAACCCGCCACCGAAGGUUGUCCAGGGAUACAAGUUUAACAUCUUCUAUCCAGAUCUUAUCGACAAGACCAAGGCUCCGACGUACAAGAUCGAACGCGAGCAUGGGAGAAAACGUGGGCAGUCGUUUGCCCAGGCCGGGGAGGAGGACACAUGCCUCAUUCGGUUUAUGGCAGGACCGCCGUAUGAGGACAUUGCGUUCCGGAUUGUUGACAAGGAGUGGGACUAUAGUGCUAAGAGGGAGCGAGGUUUCAGGACUACUUUCGACAAGGGCAUCUUGCAACUGCAUUUCCAAUUCAAGAGGGUCUAUUACCGCAAGUGA